AUGGCUCCCCAGACUUGUCGGUUCUGUGGGGCAGCCAUGGACAUUCGCGACGGUCACCGUGAGUGUCCGUCUUGUUUGGGCAUGGCGCAUUUAAUGGAUGACGUUGAUUGCCCAUGUCCAACAGCCAUUGAUCUGCCUCUGGAGGAAAGGGCCCGAAGGGCUAGGCUUGAGGGGCAUUCCCAACACACUGCGGCAGCUGCUCCCCCUAGUAGGGAACGAGAGCGUCGCACGGAAAACCGCUCCCGCAAGCGUAAACAGGGGCAGUCCCAGGGGCAGGGAAAAAAACGUGCCACAGAGACUAACUCUCCGCCACUGCAGAGUCCAGCCCCACCUGUAGAUGGGGCAGGGGGGCAGGAGGAUACUCAGUGUCAAAUCCUGGCCGCCAUUCGUGGUCUGGCAGACAGGGUGAGUAGAAUGGAAGCUCAGAGAGCAGCUCCACUGACUGCGGCUUGUUCGGAGGGGAUCUCCCCUAGGGACUUGCCGGCAUAUGAAGAACAUCAGACAGAUCACCCUGAUGCUAUAUCACUUUAUGCUCAGGGUUCUCUCUUGGAGGACGAGGGUCACCCAGAGAUUGCUGAAGAGUCACAUUGCCUUAGCCUAUCUCACACAGCCAUGAUGGCUCGCAGACAGAUCUGGCUAGCUCAGACAACCCUCCCCGAGAACAUCAGGAAGGAGCUUACCAACAUGCCGGUGGUACCGGGCGCCAGGGCUCAGGUGCACAAGGUUCGGGUGAUGCUGCAGGAAGACUGCGACUGCAGCAUCAAGGGUUUCAGCCCCGGCCUACAGCAAGAGGGGCUCCUCAAAGGAGACGCCCCCCCAAGGGUCCAGGGACCCAGGGGGCCUCUGCAUAGGAGUGGUGGGGCAGCCGCCAAGGUUCACUCCCAGCUAUGCCUGGACAGCUGGGAGAAGGAAGUCUCAGACCCCUGGGUAGUGGCUACUGUUGCAAGGGGUUACAGAAUUCAAUUUCGGCGGCGGCCUCCACCUUUUUCCAGGGUCCAGAUGACGUUGGUCAAGGACCCAGUCCAGGCAAAAGUUCUGUCCGAGGAGAUUGCAAUCCUCCUUCAGAAGAAAGUAAUUGCGAAGGUAAGGCCCAGCGAACAGCAAGCUGGCUUUUAUUCAACAUAUUUCCUUGUUCCCAAAAAGGAUGGUGGGAUACGUCCCAUCCUGGACCUCCGGCGCCUAAAUACUUACAUAAAGGUUCUGCCGUUCAGAAUGCUGCACACACGGCACAUUCUAGAGUCGAUAGAGCAAGGGGAAUGGUUCACCACUAUCGAUCUAAAAGACGCGUACUUCCACGUCCCCAUUUGUCGGGCACAUUGGCAGUUUCUACGGUUCGCAUUUCAAGGGCAAGCUUACGAGUUCAAGGUCCUUCCGUUUGGUCUCUCCCUUUCUCCGAGAGUUUUCACCCGAGUGGUAGCAGCCGCUCUGUCACCACUCCAGAGGGCAGGCUUAAAGAUCCUGCCAUACCUGGACGACUGGCUGGUCUGCGCUUCAUCUCGCGAACAGGUCAUGCAGCAUACCGGGAGGGUCUUAGCUCAUGUCCAAUCCCUUGGUUUCAGGGUGAACUUAAAGAAAAGCAACCUCGAACCGAGGCAGGAAACAGUAUUCUUGGGACUUUGCCUGAACUCACUUAUGAUGAAGGCGUCCCUUACCCCUCAGAGGGUUGCGAGAAUCCUAACGGUCUUGCGUAUCUUCCGACUGGGCAAACGCCUACAGUUGGUUCACUUUCAGAGACUGCUGGGGUUGAUAUCAGCAGCAGUGUUGGUGAUUCCGCUGGGCCUGCUCAGGGCUCGGCCCCUACAGCGGUGGCUGAAUGCGUUCAACCUCCAUCCACGGAGGGACAGGCAUGUGAAGCUCAGAGUGACUCAGUCAUGUCAGAGAGCUCUGAGCCCAUGGAGGGACCACAAGUUGCUCACACAAGGUGUACCCUUGGGCAAUCUGCCUUCAAGGAGGACUUUGGUGUCCACAGAUGCCUCCAUGACAGGCUGGGGAGCAGUCUGGGAGGGCAUAAUGGCGAGAGGUGUUUGGAAACCUCCAUGGGACACCGAACACAUCAAUGUGCUCGAGCUGAGGGCUGUGCAUCUGGCUCUCAGGGCCUUUCUCCCAUUCAUACGCGGCAGGCAUGUCCUGGUGAAGUCGGACAGCUCUGCCGCAGUUUACCAUGUCAAUCAUCAAGGAGGCACGAAGUCUCUGCGUUGCCUCAAGGUUGCACAGAGGCUUCUGCCUUGGGCUUUUCCACGUCUGGCCUCGCUAAAGGCUGUCUAUGUACCAGGGGUGCUGAAUCGGGCUGCAGACCUCCUCUCCAGAUCGGGGCCUCUCCCGGGGGAAUGGAGACUACACCCAGAGGUGGUGGCGAGUUUGUCGACUCAAUUUGGCAUGGCUCAGGUAGAUCUGUUCGCAUCCAAGGAGACAGCCCAUUGCCAGCUGUGGUUUUCCCUGAGGCCUCCAGGCGGUCCUCUGGGCCUGGAUGCUCUGUCUCACGAGUGGCCGAAGGGGUUACAGUACGCUUUUCCCCCACUACCAUUGAUUCCUCAUGUGUUGGACAGAAUCAACCGGGGGCACUACAAGGUUCUGUUGGUAGCCCCACGGUGGCCGGGGAGACAUUGGUUUCCGGCCCUCCUUCGCCUGGUUCACGGCCGACCUUGGCCCUUGCCACUCAGGGCGGACCUUCUGUCCCAGGCGGGAGGAAAAAUUUGGUAUCCCAAGCCAGCUGUUAUGCAGCUGUGGGCUUGGCCCUUCUCAGUCCGUCUCUCAUGA